AUGUUCAGGCCGAAGAAACCGCACGCGCGCGGCCUUCUGCAACCGCCCGUACCGCCGUCGAACAGCACCAGCACCAGCACCGACGAUGGCUCGACAAACGGCUCCGGCUACGGUGGCAGCCUGGGGCGCAUGAUGCGCACAGCCAACGAGCUGAAGAUGCGCUGCACAGAGCUGGACGAGCACGGCAACGUCACGCUCGUGAGCGGCGAAUUCAAGAAGAGCGAGCUGAUUGCAAAGUAUGGUCUGCUCCCACGAGAUCUGCGCAAAAUCGACUCGUCCCUGCUGCCACACAUUCUCGUCCGCCCUUCCGCCAUCCUCAUCAACCUGCUCAACCUGCGCGUCCUGCUCAAGCACAAUCGCGUCCUCGUCUUCGACGCUUACGGCACCACCGACUCCAAGUCGCAGAGCGUCUUCAUGUACGAUCUCGACCUGAAGCUGCGUCAGAAAGAAUCCGUCGCAAACGGCACCCUGGCGUACGAGUUCCGCGCCCUCGAAGCUGUGCUCAUCAGCGUCACGCUCUCGCUCGAGAAGGAAUUUGAAGGCGUCAGCGAGCCCGUCGUGCGCGUGCUCCGCGAGUUGGAGGAAGACAUUGAUCGCGACAAGCUCCGUUACCUGCUCAUCUACUCCAAGAAACUCGGCAGCUUUGAGCAGAAGGCGCGCCUGGUGCGCAAUGCGCUCGAAGAACUCCUCGAAGCCGACGAUGACCUGAGCGCCAUGUAUCUGAGCGAGAAGGCAGAGGGCAAGACGCGCGAGGAGGACGACCACACCGAAGUCGAGAUGCUGCUAGAAUCCUACCACAAAGUCGCCGACGAAAUCGUCCAGGCUGCCGAAAACCUCGUAUCUUCCAUCCGCAACACGGAGGAGAUCGUGAAGGCCAUCCUUGACGCUAACCGCAAUUCUCUCAUGCUUCUCGAUCUCAAGUUCUCCAUCCUCACCCUCGCCAUCACCGCAGGCACUUUCGUCGCGGCCCUGUACGGCAUGAACCUGAAGAAUUUCAUCGAAGAAUCCGACUUUGGCUUCUACGGUGUGUCUGGCUGGUGCACCCUCUUCGGCACUUUGGUCGCCAUCUACGGACUGCAGAAGCUGAGGCGCGUGCAGCGCGUCAGCAUGUAUGCCCACGGGCCGGGCAGCAUCGUAAGCAGCUCGCAAAAGGGCAUCUGGGGGCUGGGUGUCUGGAGCGGUGGUGGACGUGCCAGCGUCCGCGGAACUUCUGAGAGCGUAUCUGAUGCUAUCGGUGUGGGUGCCAUCAAGCCGCGCGGCGCUGAUACCCUGGGCGAUCUGAUCCACAGGGAGAGAGCUUUGUCGAGGAAGUUGGCCAAGGCAGAGAACAGGGCUGAGGACGUCUCCAGUCGUUGA